ACCUUACACAACUUUCUAAAUCUACUGUAACUAACAAUAAUCCUAUGGCACCCGAACCAGCGUUACUGGCCCAGAGCUCAUCGGUAAAUGUAUUUCACGAUGAAACAAUUAAGCCGCAGCGUAAUGUAAAAACAAGUGAGAAUAUACCGCCGACGCUUGCGGAGAAAAUCUUGUUCGUCCUUUCUAUGAUUCUGAUAGUUCUUGCUUUUCCGUGGUCUAUUUUCUGCUGUGUUAGAAUAAUGUCCGAGUACGAACGAGCAGUGAUCCUGCGAUUGGGACGUCUGCGCCCGAAGCCCCCAAGAGGGCCUGGUGUCAUCUUUAUCGUACCCUGCAUCGAUGACGUCGCAGUUGUGGACAUACGUACCAGAUCCUUUGAUCUGGACAGACAGGAGAUCCUUACGCGCGACAUGGUCACGAUCAGCAUCGACGGAGUGGUGUACUACAGCAUCAAGAGCCCUUUCGACGCAAUGCUCCAGGUAUACGAUCCUGAGGAGGCCACCGAGAAGCUGGCCAUGACCACGCUCCGGAACGUAGCCGGCACUCACAAGCUAAUGGACUUGCUUUCAUCUAAGGAGUACUUGUCCAAUCAGAUCGAAGGUAUAUUGUACAACUCCACAGAGCCUUGGGUACGGGUGGAACGCGUAGAGAUCAAGGAGAUCUUUAUGCCCGAUCAACUGAAGCGCGCCCUGGCAGUGGAGCAGGAGGCGAUGCGGGAGGCCAAGGCCAAGGUGGCUGCAGCCCAGGGAGAGCGAGAUGCGGUAACAGCACUCAGGGAGGCCGCCGACAUUAUGGAGACCAACCCCAUUGCCCUGCAACUGCGGUACCUGCAAACACUGAACUCUAUCUGCAAUGAAAAUACCCGAUCCUAUGUGUUUCCCUUCCCCGUAGAUAUUGUAAAGAGAAUGAUGAAGUGAUUAUUUGCUUUGAUAUGUUAGUUUGCGACAUAGGAUUAGUCCAAGUGAUAUUUUUUCAUUACUAAGCCCGUUACGUUUACAAAAAGACAAUCAAAGGCUUAGAUUAUGAAACUCUAUAAGUCUAGUUACGUCAUCUUCGGGGACUAAACAUGCUAUAUACGGUUCAAGCACCAAAUGGUGCCAGCACUCGUAGAGUAAAGGGUAUAAUAAAGUCGUUAACUGAUAGAAGAAAACGUUA